CAUGGCGCGAUAUUAGUACGUCACGACCAUGUGACGUCACAUCAGCGGGCGGAAGCCGCCUCUGUCUGUCAGGAGCAGUCUGUGUGUGUCCCAUUACUGGGUUACUUGGAGCCAUGUGUGAGGUGGAGGACGGGGAUUGCGGGAUCCUAGGGAGAGAGAAGCCCCAUAAGAGGUUAGGGCAAACAUGUAUAAAGUGCGAGGAAGGUUCUGCUGCCCUGAUCAUACGUGUGGGAGACGCAUUCUGCAAGUCCUGCUUCAAAGAAUAUUUUGUGCACAAAUUCCGAGCUAUGCUGGGUAAAAACAGAGUAGUGUAUCCAGGAGAGAAGGUUCUCCUGGCCUAUUCAGGGGGGCCAUCAUCAAGUGCAAUGAUCAAGCAAGUUCAAGAGGGCUUGAGUCGUGAUGCUCCUAAAAAGUUGCGCUUUAACCCUGGGGUUCUUUUCAUUGAUGAAGGGGCGGUGUGUGCUCAGAGUUGGGAGCAGAGGGACCGGGUCAUUUCUGAAAUCCAGAAUGUUUUACAAAAAAACACUUUCCCAUUUCACGUUGUGCCCUUGGAGCAGGUUUUCUCUCUGACAAGAUCUGUGCUGCAGACGAAUCCCCCUACAGAGAACACGGAGCAGGCAGAGAAUUACAAGCAGGCAGUGAGCAGUUUUUUGGGACAGCAGAGGGCACAUGGAGAGGAUGGGCUAUUAGAAGCUGAUGCAUUGGCUCAGUUGUGUGUUGCAGACUCUGCAGGUCCAGAACGCACUGACACUUUGCCAAUCAGCACCCCAUGUAGCCGCCCUCCAGCAGAAUACACUACCGCACUGAUGGAGAUCUUUACCUCUGCCAGGACACAGACUGCCAAACAGGAGCUGCUGCAAUCUCUCCGGAACCAUCUGAUCCUGCACGUAGCCCGCACCGGUGGCUAUUCCAAAGUGAUGACCGGUGAAAGCUGCACACGCCUGGCGGACAGGUUGCUCGCCAACAUCUCACUGGGACGUGGGGCCUUUCUGCCAUUGGACACGGGGUUCUCUGACCACCGCUAUGGAGAUGUUGUCAUUGUCCGGCCCAUGAGAGAUUAUUCUCUUAAAGAAAUUUCCUUCUAUAAUAGAUUUUUUAAGGUCCCAUCUGUCUUCAUCCCAACAAUGGACACUAAGGCUCCUGAAAACAGCAGCAUCCAGCGUCUGUCGGAGUCCUUCAUCACCAAGCUGCAGGCAGACUUCCCCUCCACCGUGAGCACAGUUUACAGGACCAGUGAGAAGCUCAAUGUUUCCAGGACAGAAAUGAAACGAGAGAUCAGCCAGCAGGAAAGGUGUCUGCUCUGUAUGUGCAAUAUAGACACACAUGUAGGCACGGCCUCCGCAUUCUAUGCCACGCAAGUCUCUCAGCAUCUCUCCCAGAAGAGACCAACUAACGGCACAGAGCCUGGAACGCAAUGCUGCAACAAAGAACAGUGCUGUGAAAGAUCGGCCUCUCAUCCCACCAGUGCACCCGAUACACAAGACUUUGUGCGUUUGUUAUGCUACAGCUGUAGAGUGACCCUCAGGGAUCUGCCGUCUGUGAGCAGCUUACCCCCGUACAUCCUGCAGGAGGCGGAGCACAGGAGUCACAGGUUGGAGAUGAGGAAAGAGAUACAGGAAUUUCUGAUUGAUGAAGAUUCUGAUGAUAUUUGAAGCCAUCAUAAUUAAUCCCAGACCAGAAAGUGUGAUGUGACCAGAUAAAGAAGACCUUGGCUGGAUGAAGAUUCGGUGAACCUUAUAUCGCACGCAUAUAGCGGAAUCUGUAUUACUCUGCCAUGCCAUCCAAAGUGUUUUAUUACAUUUUAUUUUUUCUUAAACUGGAAAUGUAUUUAUAAAACAGAGAGUAACUUUUUAUCUACCAAUAAAGUGGAUUUUAUAAUGGAAA